AUGAACUGGAAAGAAAUCCUUUUUCUCUCUUGCCUUGCAACUUUUGUGCUCUUGCUUGUUCUUGAGGAAAGCGACAGCGCUGCUGUGGGCACCAGGAAGGCAGCUGGGGAAGAGGACAAGGAAAGUAUGAAAAAGAAGAUUUUUAUACAAGAAUCGGAUGCCUCUAACUUCUUCAAAAAGCGUGGCAAGCGAGCCACCAAAUCCAGAGAUGAGCUCAAUGCGGAGACCCGGCAAAUGCUGAUUGCUGACGAGCAAAGGAGGGAGUACUUUGAAGAGCAAAGGAACGAGUUUGAGAAUUUUGUCAAGGAAGAACGUAAAGAGCAGCAGGAGAGAAGCCGGGAACAGAUCGAGCAAUGGCGUCAAUAUCACUACGACGGUCUCUACCCGUCUUACAUGUACAACCGUCACCACAUCUAG